GCCGGCCACUGACGCAAAGCCAGGCGGAGUGGAGGCCUGAAGCACCAGUGGCUGGGGGGCGGCGCGGCUCUAGAGCCUGCACCGGACACCCCCACAUCCCGUGGUAGGAGCCGAGACCCAAACAAAGGCGGGCGGCGAAUAAAAGGCAGCGGCGGCGCCGAGCGCUCCGGUUGCGCGCUGGGGACCAGGAUCAGCAUCAGGCUGCGCGCGGGUCUGCACUCUCCAGAGCGGAGCGGGGAACCUUCUGCAGCCACGGAAGAGCUUCUCCCUGCGACUCCCGCCAGGGGGCAAGUCCUCACGGAAGGGUGGCCGCAGCCCCCGGUCGCUCCGGUGCGCCUUCUUCCCGCGCCCGCGGCUCAGCCAGCUCAGCUUGGCCAGCCGAGGCUAUGGACUCGGAGGAUGACCCUUUGCUGCAAGAUGUGUGGCUAGAGGAGGAGCAGGAAGAGGAGGAAGCAACCGGUGAGGCCUUCAGGAGGGCUCAGAAGCCAGGGGCCCGAGCUGGAGAAGGACAGUGUUGCUGGAGGCAUUGGACCUUGCCUUCCCGGCCCCCAGCCUCGGGCUUCUGGAGCACCCUGGGCUGGGCUUUCACAAAUCCGUGCUGUGCAGGGCUGGUGCUCUUCCUGGGCUGUAGCAUCCCCAUGGCCCUGUCAGCCUUCAUGUUCCUCUACUACCCGCCACUGGACAUUGACAUCUCCUACAACGCCUUUGAGAUCCGCAACCACGAGGCCUCCCAGCGUUUUGACGCCCUGGCGCUGGCGCUCAAGUCCCAGUUUGGGUCCUGGGGGCGAAACCGGCGCGACUUGGCUGACUUCACCUCUGAGACGCUUCAGCGCCUUAUCUCGGAGCAGCUGCAGCAGCUGCAUCUGGCCAACCGCUCUCGACUGGUCACCAGGCCCCCACGGGCGGUCUUUGCUGCUCCAAGGCGUGGUCCAGGCACAUCCCCUGACACUUCCACAGACCAGAAACCAGCAGCCAAUCGGAGUGGGCGUCUUCGGCGCGAGGCCCCACCCCUGGUGGAUCUGACAGCCAACCAGAGCAAAGGCCCGGGGAACCAGGGGAUGCAGAAGAAUGGACGGUGCCAACCCAGCACCCCGCCCCCUGCUGUGGCUGCGGCCAAUCAGAGCCGAGCCCGCCGAGGUGCCUCACGCUGGGACUACUCACGUUCUUACGUGAGCACCAACACCCAGACGCAUGCGCACUGGCGCAUUGAGCUUAUUUUCCUGGCACGCGGCGACGCAGAGCGCAACAUUUUCACCAGUGAGAGGCUGGUCACAAUCCACGAGAUUGAGCGCAAGAUCAUGGACCACCCGGGCUUCCGGGAGUUCUGCUGGAAGCCCCAUGAGGUGCUCAAAGACCUUCCGCUAGGGUCCUACUCCUACUGCUCCCCACCCAGCUCACUCAUGACCUACUUCUUCCCCACUGAGAGAGGCGGCAAGAUUUACUACGAUGGCAUGGGCCAGGACCUGGCUGACAUCCGGGGAGCCUUCUUCUGGCCCUGUUUCUUUGCUAAAGAAACCCCUGCUCAUCCACCAAGAUCCAACCUGGGCAGUUUUUCCCUGAAGCUGGACAAAGUCCAGGUUCUGUACGGGGGGACAGACCUCUUUGAUUAUGAGGUGCGCAGAACCUUCAACAAUGACAUGCUCCUGGCCUUCAUCAGCAGCAGCUGCAUCGCUGCCCUCGUCUACAUCCUCACCUCCUGCUCAGUGUUCCUGUCCUUUUUCGGGAUCGCCAGCAUCGGCCUCAGCUGCCUGGUGGCUCUCUUCCUGUACCACGUGGUCUUCGGUAUCCAGUACCUGGGCAUCCUCAAUGGGGUGGCUGCUUUUGUGAUAGUGGGCAUCGGUGUGGACGAUGUCUUUGUGUUCAUCAACACCUACCGCCAGGCCACGCACCUGGAAGACCCACAGCUGCGGAUGAUCCACACCAUCCAGACGGCAGGCAAGGCCACCUUCUUCACCUCCCUGACCACGGCCGCUGCCUACGCAGCUAAUGUCUUCUCCCAGAUCCCAGCUGUCCAUGACUUUGGCCUGUUCAUGUCUCUCAUCGUGUCCUGCUGCUGGCUGGCUGUGCUGUUUACCAUGCCCGCUGCCCUGGGCAUCUGGAGCCUUUACAUGGCACCACUGGAGAGUGCCUGCCAGACCAGCUGCCACCAGAAGUGUGCCCGCAAGAGCUCCCUGCACCUCCCCGGGGAUGUGUUUGCCGCUCCCGAGCGGGCGGGGGGCAGCCCCACCCAGGGCCCCAUGCCCUACCUGGACGAUGACAUCCCCCUGCUGAAUGUGGAGGAGGAGCCGGUGUCACUGGAGCUGGGAGACGUGUCCCUGGUGUCCGUGACCCCGGAGAGCCUGCAGCCAUUUCAGUUCCAUCCAAUUUCUUUCAGACGCCUGACACCCCUCCCCCAAGCCCAGGGCCCUAAAGCCCACGUCCCUAUGGUUGUUAUCUGUCCCAGUCUCUGCCCUCCCCUGCCGGGCUCAACCAGGACACCCUGGUGUCCCCAACAACGUGGGGGGGGGGCAGGUCUCUUCCAGGAAAAGCCCCACAGCCUGCAGAACAACAUCCGGACGUCCCUGGAGAAGAAGAAGCGGGGCUCAGGGGUCCCCUGGGCGACCCGGCCUGAGGCCACCCCACAGGACUCCCCAGGCACCGUGUAUGUCUCCAAGGUGAAGAGUAAGGGCCACCCGGCCGUGUACAGGUUCUCCCUCAAUGCCAGCCUGCCCGCCCCUUGGCAGAUCGUGUCCCCCGGGGACGGGGAGGUGCCCUCUUUUCAGGUAUAUAGAGCGCCUUUGGGUAACUUCACCAAGAAGCUGACCGCUUGUAUGUCUACAGUAGGGCUGCUCCAGGCGGCGAGCCCCUCCCGCAAGUGGAUGGUGACAACCUUGGCCUGUGACGCCAAGCGGGGCUGGAAGUUUGACUUCAGCUUCUAUGCGGCCGCCAAGGAGCAGCAGCACACCCGGAAGGUGUACUUUGCUCAGUCCCACAAGCCCCCUUUCCACGGGCGUGUGUGCGCCGCGCCUCCAGGCUGCCUGCUCAGCUCCAGCCCCGAUGGCCCGACCAAAGGCUUCUUCUACGUACCCAGUGAGAAAGUGCCUAAGGCCCGCCUCUCAGCCACCUUCGGCUUCAACCCCUGCGUGAACACGGGCUGCGGGAAGCCAGCCGUGCGGCCACUGGUGGACACCGGGGCCAUGGUCUUCGUGGUCUUCGGCAUCAUUGGUAUCAACCGCACGCGGCAAGUGGACAACCAUGUCAUCGGAGACCCGGGCAGUGUCAUCUAUGACAGCAGCUUUGAUCUCUUCAAAGAAAUUGGGCACCUGUGUCGCCUCUGCAAGGCCAUCGCGGGGAACUCGGAGCUGGUGAAGCCAGGCGGGGCCCAGUGUCUUCCGUCAGGCUACAGCACCUCCUCCUUCCUGCAGAUGCUGCACCCUGAAUGCAAGGAGCUGCCGGAGCCCAACCUGCUCCCAGGGCAGCUGUCACACGGGGCGGUGGGCGUCAAGGAGGGCCGAGUGCAGUGGAUCUCCAUGGCCUUCGAGUCGACCACGUACAAGGGCAAGUCCUCCUUCCAGACCUACUCCGACUACCUGCGCUGGGAGAGCUUCCUGCAGCAGCAGCUGCAGACUUUCCCUGAGGGCUCGGCCCUGCGCCGAGGCUUCCAGACCUGCGAGCACUGGAAACAGAUCUUCAUGGAGAUCAUAGGGGUGCAGAGUGCCCUGUACGGCCUGGCCCUGUCCUUGCUCAUCUGUGUGGCCGCCGUGGCUGUGUUCACCACCCACGUUCUCCUCCUGCUGCCUGUGCUCCUGAGCAUCUUGGGCAUCGUCUGCCUUGUGGUGACCAUUAUGUACUGGAGUGGCUGGGAGAUGGGUGCCGUGGAAGCCAUCUCCCUGUCCAUCCUCGUCGGCUCCUCCGUCGACUACUGUGUCCAUCUAGUUGAGGGCUACCUGCUGGCUGGAGAGAACCUGCCCCCCCACCAGGCUGAGGACGCCCACUCCCAGCGCCAGUGGCGGACGCUGGAGGCCGUGCGGCACGUGGGAGUGGCCAUCGUCUCCAGCGCCCUCACCACGGUCAUCGCCACGGUGCCCCUCUUCUUCUGCAUCAUCGCUCCGUUUGCCAAGUUCGGCAAGAUCGUUGCACUCAACACGGGCGUCUCCAUCCUCUACACGCUCACGGUCAGCACGGCCCUGCUCGGCAUCAUGGCCCCCGGCUCCUUCACCCGGACCAGGACUUCCUUCCUCAAAGCCCUGGGCGCCGUGCUCCUGGCGGGGGCCCUGGGGCUGGCCGCCUGCCUCGUGCUCCUCCGGAGUGGCUAUAAGAUCCCCUUGCCCACCGGAACCUCCCUAUAGCGCUGGCACCAGGUCCUGACUCACGCACCUUUUGCCCGGCUGGCGUGGGACCAGGCGCUUGUUCUCUGACCCCAGAGACGUGUCUCCCGGCUCAGCUGUAACUCAUUCUGUUCCCAGGCCUGAGCUGGAAAGUCACAGGUUGCUCAGCGUGGGAGCCAAUGCCCACCGAUGUGGCCCGAACUGCCUUCUUCACAGUGCCCAGCCAGAGUAGGGUGGGAAGCAGGCUACCACCGUGCCAGACACCCCCUGACACGGGAAGAGUCCAGCCCCUCUCCAUGCCGGAUCAGGGUGUCCCUCUCACGGUGCCUCAGUGCUGACAACUCUCCUACGUGGGUGUUAUGGGGCCCCCAUUCUACAGAUGUGAAAACUGAGGCACCAGGAGGCAAACUGACUGACCUGUAGCUGGGUCAGUGGCAGAGCCCAGCUGCCUCCUGAGCCUCAUGCUUCCCUCGGGGAAUUUGCAGGAAGAGCACAGCGGGUUCAAGGGCAGGGGCUUUGCACCCCCAUCCUAUUUUCCCCUUUCCCCAGCUUUAUGGCGGCCAGUGCUGGGUGGUCCUGUGGUCCCUCCCAGGCCUUUUGGUCCUGGCCGGAGAAUAGAGAGACCGGCCUGGGGUUCUUCUGCAUGCCCGACCCCAGCCCCAGCCUCGAGAGGCUCCUUCUCCCCGGGACUGCAGGGCCCCAACACAGCCUUCCUCACUGAUCCAAGUGCCCAGCUCCCCAACUCGACUCUGGGGCUGGAACUGGGGGAGGCAGCCCCUGGGAGACGGGGGCUGACUGUGCCUGCCGGCCAUCUCACAGCAGAUGGCUCCUGCCCCAGCGACAGGAAACUGCCGCCCUUAACACGAGCAUUGUAACAUCGUAACAUCACUGGCUCCACCACAUUCUUAAAAUUUUGAUAACUAAGUGUUCCGCAGGCUGCCUGGCCAGAAGCUCUCACGAGGAGGGGGUGGGCCCGGGCCCCCCGGGGACCAAGGUCCCAGAGUGUUCUGCAUGCCGGGGUGAGGUUGGGGGCUUUGGGUAGGAGUGGGGCUCAGUAGAUGUGCCUUCUUUGAAAGGGCUCCUCUGGGUCCUCCGUUGGGGCAUUUUUGAGGUCCUCUGGCAUGCGGGGUGCUGUACCGGGCACUGGCCCCCUUCCUCGGGGCAGACGUUGGCCCUGGGCUUUAGAAAACUGCACAGAGACUGAGCGGGAACAGCCCUGAGGGUGGGAAAGAUGUCGAGGGUGAUGUCCAGGCUAGCCCACCUGUAAAUAUUAACGGGGGGUGCUGGGGAUGCAAGGCCGACGUGCAGCACCAUGUCCCCCCACUUCAUGCACACCUGGGACCAAGCAGGGGCUCAGUCUUUGUGUCGGGAACAGCAGACCUUUGGACACUCCCCUCCUCCCAUCUGUAGUGAAGACAGACACUGAGCAGUUAACGGUCUUAGUUACUAUGCCCCACAUUCUUCUGGGAAUUUGUAUCAAUCUUCUGAGGCUGCCGUAACAACAUGCCACCACCCGGGGAGGGGGGCGGGGCUUAGACCACAAAUUUAUUCUCUCACAGUUCUGGAGGCUGGAAGUCCAAACCCAAGGUGUCAGCAGGGUGGCUCCCAGGGAGAGUCUGUUCUGGGCCUUUCUCCUGCCUCCUGCUGGUUGCCGGCAGUCCUUGGGGGUCCUUGGCUUGUAGACACAUCACCCCAAUCUCUCCCUCUGUCUUCUCAUGCUCUUCUUUUCUCUGUGAUGUUGACCGUCAUCCUCCCUUUCUAAGGACACCAGUGGUUUCAGAUGAGGGUCUGUCUUAAUGACUUGAUCAUCUGCAAAGACCCUAUUUCCAAGGAAGCUCACGUGCUGUAGGUACCAGGGUUAGAGUUUCAGUGCGUCUUUGGGGCAGACAUUUCAACCCAGAACAGGCUCAGCCUGCGUCAGCUCCUUCAGGAACCUUACGCAGUGGGUGCUAGCAUACCCAUUUUGCACACGGGGACACCGAAGUUCUACGAGACAGACUUGGCUAGGUCACACAGCUAGUUAAGGUGGGGCCAGACUUUGACCCCAGCCAGCCCUGCCCCAGGAUGUAAGUUCAGCCACGAAAAGCAUACCACGUCUGGGAAAAUUAUCACAAAGCCUGAUGGUGGGGACAUUCUCUGAGCAGUGGGGGUCACAAUGAGUGAGAGGCCUGUUGUUAGAAACUCUGGGAUGGAAAUUGUUGAAUGUGGACAAUACUUCACACUUAAGUGCUUUUUUGUCACCCUGAUGUGAAACCUGGGCCCUCGGAGGCCCAGCAGAGAGCACUACGGCCCAGGGGCAGGUUGUGCCUGGGACCACACAGGCCUGAAGGGGCUGCUCAGGAAUUCAGGCCAGGGUGGGGGUGAACCCCCAGCUCCACAGAGUGGGGGACCCUUACACGGGGUUGUGCCCCUUCCAGUGAUCGGCGCUAUGGGAGGAGCCAGCAAGUUCUAGGCCAAGUUCAGGCGGGAGGGGGUGACCGGGAGGCAAGUGGAUAAGGCACCUCAGAAGGUGCUCAGAGAAAGGACUGCCCCGUCUAAUAGCCUCUCCAAUAACCUAGUUUUAAAGCUGAGGCAGAGUUGUUUGCAUAUCAUUUGCAUGCAGUCCAAAUAAUGCCCAUUUAUUUGUAAAGAAACCCUCACUUAGCCCAUUUCCUUUUAAGAAACAGCUCCUCUUCCUUCCCCUUGGCCUGUUCUUUUUUUCAGUGUUGUGGGGGUGGUGAGCAGGCAGCCAGGCCUUGGUGUCACAGUCACCUCCCAGCAGGUGACCAGGGCUGCCCCACCUAGGUCCUAUUCUGGGGACCCUCUAGCUCUUCAGUGAGCUCGGUUCCCAUCUUAACAGAUGAACAGAUGCCCAGAAGGGAGGGCAGUUUCGGAUGGCACCAGGCUUCUCCUGCCACGCCCCCCCUCUCCACUCUGCCUCCCUGCCAGGCUCCCCCUCUGUGGCUGACAUUCUCAACUUCAGAUCUUUAUUUCUUCUUCAAAGCUGACCUGUCCUGAUCCCUCAGACCCUAUGUGGUGAUCGCUCUGUCCAGCUCCCGGCCAGGAAUGCGCUCCCCACCAGGGGUGGGGGCCGAGGCAAGGCUGAGGGACAGAGGUGGAUGACUGAGUCCACACACCUGUCUACUUGCCUACAAAUAAAUCCCCCUUUAUCUUGUUUGUGAA